AUGGCGCAAGGCGAGCGCUGGAGCGGGACGUGGAUGGCGGCGGGCGCGAGCGCCGUUCGAAGCUGCGGGAUGACGCGUGCGUGCGGCGGAGCUAGGAACCACGCCGGUGGGCGCGGUGCGGCUGCGGGCAGAGGUGGGGCACGCAGGGGCGGCCAGCGGCUGGUGCGGUGUGGCGCAGGCAGGGGCGUGGCCCCGGGCAGUAGCAGCAAAUGGGGACGGCGGGCGAGGCGCGAGGCGGGCGUGGCGCAGGGUUGCGGCCAGCAGUUUGCAGCGGUGGCGGCCGGCGGUGGUGGACAGCAAGCGAUGCGCGAGGGGGGCAACAUGGCAGCAGUUGGAGGCGGUAGUUAG